AUACCUUAACCACAUCGCCAUACAUAUAUCUCGCCAGCCUGAUGACGUAAUAGGUAUGCUUACUAUUUUGUCAUUUUUGUGCCUAUGAACAAGUGACUGGAUCUCCAAGUGGUACAGACUGAUUUAUCGGCAAUGAUCAAUGGAGCACAAGGGCGAGCACAUCGCAUGCAAGGAAGACAUUAGUGUGUCGGUAACGGUUACACAUAGACCUUCAAAAGAUAUGUCGGGCUGACAAACUUAUCGUCAACUAAAACCAUUAUAGCUUUAACUAUUGCAAAGGUAUAAAUACCAUUGGGACUGUGUGCCUAGCUCGUUCUGUGGUGGACUAGCGAAUCAACAGGCGUAUCUCUCAGUGGACGUCAGACCUUCACAGCCUGCCCCACCGCCUAUCUAGUCAGACAUUGUAUUUGCUAACCGGGGUUCAUAAGUUUUAAAUUUCAUUGAACUUUGCCAUUGACAUGGGUCAAAUAUCGCGCGCUUUCAUAGUGCUUAGUAGUAGAUGGUGCACGCGCCUGAAUUUACAAAAAUGUCUGUGACGCGACGAUUGCGUCAGUGUGUGAGCGGACGACAAUCAGACAGGAACCCCCGGGAGAGUAACAGCUCGUUAUAGAAAGGUAUAUGUACCAGCUGAUCGUGUUUGGUAAUAUUGAAUAUUAAUAUUUCAUUGUGAUAAAUAUUGCCAGGACCGCCAUGGGGUACACAGUGUUUUUAGCGUUAUGCACGUACGGGAUGUUGCUAGGUAUGUCACGCGCCUUAAAGGAUGGAGACAUAAAACUCGUGGGGGGUCGAUCGUCGUCCGAGGGGACGGUCCUGGUCUACCACAUGUAUCGAUGGGGAGCUAUUUGUGACUUCAGCUGGGAUCUUAGGGACGCUAAUGUGGCAUGUCGUCAGUUAGGUCUCGUGGGUGCCAUAGCGUCAACUUCCAGGAGCCGGUUUGGACAAGGAAGACGUUUAAAAUGGAUGUCGUACAUGCACUGUCGUGGGAACGAGCGCCACCUGACCGAGUGCCGGUAUCCUGGGUACGGACGGGGUACAAGAUACCGAUUCUGCUCUGGCCGACACACGUCUGCUGGUGUUAAAUGUCGUACGCCUGUUACCACAACCUCCUCCACUACCAUCAAGAUCACAACCCCAAAAACAACCACUAAAACCACCACUCCGAAACCCUCCGUUCGUGCCAUUGAUACUGGUCCUGCUGCACUCAUGGACGGUCGCGACUCCGGUUACGUUAUUCUUCCAAAUAUUAAUCCCGAGUCUUCUCUCUCUAUCAGAGAUCAGAGUCAUAAUAGCGUGAAUGGAGUUAAUGAUGAGGUCUCGCAAAACAGGAUUUUGUUACCUGCUACUCCUGCUCCAACUGCUAGACAACCUACUACAACAACUACGACAACACAAAAGCCAACAACUACGACAACAACAACUACAACACCUAGACCGACAACCAUAACAACAACAACAACUCCGAAACCGACAACCACAACACCAAAACCAACCACUACAACAACUACAACAACUCCAAAACCCACAACACCAAAACCAACCACUCCGAAAGCAACAACCACAACUACAACACCAAAACCAACCACUCCUAGACCGACAACCACAACUACAACACCAAAACCAACUACAACUACCAAAAAACCUACCCCUCAUCCAACAACACCUAAACCAGUGACUGCAACGCCUAGACCUAUAGAGCCUACCCCAGCGGCUGACGACAAUAAAAUUCAAGUGCAUGCUAAACAACAUCAAGACCAACUACACCAAAACCGACAACAACAACCACAACUCCGAGACCGACUACAACAACAACGACGCCUAAACCGACGACAACCCCGAAACCGACGUCAGCUUUACCGAGGCCGACAACACGACGGGCUGCCAUUGACAACAUAG